AUGGAACUGGUCGAGAUGGCUGCGUUGGGCUUCGGAGCGCCUUCCCUCACAGACUUAGCACGUGAAGUGCUUCAUCGGGAGGCCCCGGCUGCGUCGAAAAGGAUGCAGAAGCCCCCCGGAUCUGUCAACACCAAAAACUCCACGAAUCCAAGGAUUGGUCGUAUCGGACAUCUCCUCACUUGGAUUGACGCGAACUCCUGGCCACUAGCAGUGGCCAUGGUGUGCUUUGCACCAAGGGCACGGAGGCGUCACACGCUUCAGCGGAGCCACCGACGGCGGCAAGAGCUGUCAAGUGCAGCAGAAGAGACAGGGCUCGGACGCUGUAUGGUUCGCUUGGCCUUGCCCACCAUCCAAGAGGAGAGCUCCUCGAUCAAUACAUCCAUCGAGCCAUCACCACGGGAGGAGGAAGCAGGUAGAGCUGCUAAGCAGCCAUUGGAGGUGCACCCAGAGGACUGCUCCAAUCUCAGCACAGGCAACUUGCCAAUGGACUUCGCUCUGGCGAACGCGCAGGAGACUCUCAUCGCAGAGAUGGCAAAGAAUGAGCCUCUGCCACUCCCGACUAUUUCGCAAUCUUUUGCUUCUACCAACUCUUCGGUUGAGGCUGUCCCUGUUCUCGCGCCCGCGCCCGCGCGGGCAACGUCCGCGCCAGGGUUUCAACGAGAGGCGCGAGCACCGCUCUCGAGAGAGGAGGCAUUGAGGAGGUUGAACCAGUUGAAACCCCAAGAGCGAGGAACCCGACCUCUCUUCAGCGCAGCUGAGCUGGUACCUUUCUUCGAGGAGCCCGCACCGCGAUUACAGCGGCUUUUGGAAGAGGGAUCUUCUGGGGACUCGGAAGCAGAUCCGUGGGAGACGUUCUUCUUGGAGGAGGAUGAUGAUGCUGUCGGCGCCGGCAGCAGCAUCGGCAAUGCAUUCCGAAGUGCCUUUGGCCACUCAUCAGUCAAGAGAGGCUGUUUGCCAUGGCUGGUGCAGUUGUCGCCCCCUUCUUCAAGGUGUAUGUCGCCUAGCCGCGAGUCCACUUGUGUUCCUGAGGAAUCCUUGCCAAAGAGUGCAUGGACCUCAGAUGAAGAUGGCCGAGAGUUCUAA